AUGCAGGCGGUGUUCGCAUUGGCUACCAGCGAGGAGUUUUGGGUGUUGCUUACGUCGGUGCUCAUCCAAGAUCUGUCAUGGGACACAAGAUCUAGGCACGCGGGCGGCGGGGGCGCCGCGGGGCGGCCCCUUCAAGGAGGGGGGGAGCGGGGACUUGAUGGGAGGCAGACGGCGCGGCUGUGUCACACGCUUCGUUGCCACAGCAUUGUCCUCGAGAUCCUGGCCCUCGAGAUGCACCGGGGCUUGCGUCCUCUCGGCGCAGCGGCGCUCCCGCCCCCGCUCAAGGCGGCCGCUCUGCCAGGAAACGGCGACGCCGCGGGGAAGGUUUCUGGUGGCGACGGAGACGACGGCGGUGGCGGGGGAGUGGAGGGAUCAAGAGCCGCGGCCAAGGCGGUGGAGGGGUUCAUCAGGACUAACAUCGAGGAGUACUUCGGCUGCUGGACUUCCACGUACACCCUCUUUAGCCUGGACCCGCGGCUUGCGAAGACGGCCAAGAAGCUGGCCUCUGAUUUGGGCAUCAGCCUGGACGACACUCUCGUUGUGCCGACGAGGGAAAGGGUUUUCGGCGACGGUUUCUUGUACCAUAUUCCCGGUCUAGAGCGACUCGUGGGCCUCCCUCCUCACGAGGGACGGGCGUCGGAGGGAGGGGGGGAUAGCUUGCAGCUGGUGGCGGUGGUUAUGCGAGCCUUCCGCGUGUUUGUCGAGGUCUGCGUGUUGCGCCGCCAGCCGGGCUACCAGCCCGCCCCCGCUCCGGCACCACCUUCAUCGUCAUCCACCCAGGCUUCUGGAAACCCCGGCGGUGCUGGCGGCAGCGGCAGCAGCGGCGGAGACCCUGGAGAAGUUUCGCCCGCGCGCACGCCUGUUGUGGUUUCUAGGGGCGGAGUUGCGGCCGGGGGAGGAGGCGGUGCCGGGGUGUUUGGGACGACUGGUGCUGGUGGCGCGGAAGUGGAACCCGAUCGCUCUGACUUCCUUGGAGACAAGCGGUCGUUCUCCAUGGUGAAGAUCGCCGCUCACCGUCUCGCGGGGGAGAAGCGCAAGGGCUGGGCGGUCGUCAACGUCGUCGCCGAGAUGUGUGAGGCACUGGUGUCGAUGCUGCAUCACCAGCUGCACGAGGUGGUGCAGAAGGCGCUCGAGCCAAGAAGGAGCGUGGUGCGCAGGCGCGAUCCCGGCCUUGGGAGGCUAAGCCGCGGGGUGCGGGGACAGAUGAGCUCCGACGCCUGCGAUCAAACGUUGAGGACGCUCGCCCCUGCCCUGGAGAGCUUGUUCGAUGUGGCUCCCCUGUCUCGCGUCUUGGACGUGGAUGAACGAGUUGGCGGUGUUCUGGAGGCGAAUGUCAUCAGCAGGGCCACGACGAUCUCUCUCUGCCUGCGAGUUCGCCUCCGCCUCCUAACGGCCGGCCUCCUCCUCCUCCGGGCGGCCGGGGGCACCGCCGAGGAAGCGGCCGCCGCCGCCGGCGCCGCAAAAGAAGGCGGCGCCGGCGCUAGCGUCAUCGGCGACGGUUCUGUCACCGGUGGCGCCGGCGCCGGCGGCAGGAGUUACGGCACAAGAGAGAGGCGUUCUUUGGCAACGGGAGGGGGGACGGCGACUGGGGAAGACUUCUCGGAGGAGGCCUCGAGGCUGUCGCGGCAAGCCAGGAUCAAGCUGCUGCGGCGGGCGUGCGGCACUCUCAAGGAACUCGACGUUCUCGAGGAGGACCUAAAGGCCAGGCGCGGUGGCGGCGGUAAGAGGGGGCCCGGUGCUGCUGCUUCGCUUCCGGGGGGGGCGUUAGAGGCGGAGGGGGAUCGGACCCUCAGGGCCCACAUUGUCGAGACGUGCGUGUCUAUCAUGGAGGAGAUGACGAUUCCGAGGGCGUACAUGAUGGCCGGGGGGCACGAGGAGGGGGAGGAGUGGAAGAGGGAGCGCGAGACGGCGGUAAUGGCGGCCGAAGUCGAGCGCAUCGUGCGAGAGGAGAAGGUGAUCCCUAGGCUCCUCGAGCGCGCAGCAAGGGCAUCACGACUGGCGUGCAACACGUUCGGUCCGCUGCACUCCCCGCCCCCGCCCAACACGGCCUCCUCCAACGGCAACGGCAGCGGCGGUGGGUUGGACAUGGAUGUCGACGAGUCGGACGCGGCAGGGGGCGGCGGGAGCGGGAGCGGGGGCCAGGGCAAGGCUGCUAGGGGGCCCGAUGCAGGGGCGGCGACGGCGGAGGGGGUCGAGCUGUUGCAGCUGAUCUACAGCGUCUUCGCCAGCGCGGCGUCGAGAGGCCUCCUCACGAGGACCAUGGUGGAAUCGGGCGUGGUCAGCGCCAUGGCCAACGACCCCAUGCUCACGCUCGUGCGCCAAGCUUCCGCGGACAAGCAGUGCUCCGUCCCGCGCGGCUACACGCACCAAUCGGAGCUCUCCCCACACUGGCAGUGCUACCUGCUAGCCCUCCGGACCACGUCCGACCUAACCCGCACCAUCCACGCCUCCAAAGCUCUAUCGUCGCCGCUGGCGAGCAACGCCGUCGCGGCGAGGUGGACCGCUGGCAUCGUCUCCUCCUCCUCCUCCGCAGGCGGCGUGUCGAGGGAGAGGAUAGGGCCGCGAGAGGCUGAGGCCGGGCUGUCGCAAGUCUUCCGCUUUGUCGACACGUUCCGAGAAACAAUGGUCGAGGGCUUGUCGCUGGUUGUGUCGGCUCCGCCGACGGGGGGGGGAAGGCUUACCCUUGCGGUCGUGCAGGAGAGCGUGGAUGUGGCGGGCGUGGUGGCCGCGCUGGGGCCGUGGGUGGAGCGAUGGAGGGCGCAGCACCCGGGCACGUCGACGCAGCUGCUGGAGGCGGUGCGGCAGGCCACUCGCACAGCGGCCGUCCUCCUAGUACCAGCCACCGGGCCCCCGGCGACGAAGUCCGCCGCCAGCGGUGGCGGCUCGGCGGCAACGGGCCAGACUCCGGUCCGCGGAGGGAGCGGCGGCGGCGGCGGGGGAUGGUCAUCUCCUGUUGCCCGCCGGAGAUCCUUGGAGGAGUUCACGCCGAUGCAGCAGGCCACCCCUACCCCGGCCAGGGGAGCUGUCGGCGGCGGCGCCGCGAUAACGCCUGCCAGGUAUAUUGCAGGGGGCGGGGCCGUACUAGCGGGAGCCACCGCAUCCGGUGGCGGAGGAGCCGGGGGAGGAAUAGCCGACUCGAGGCCGCUGGAGCUUGUCGAGGCCUGCGCGCUGGCCGUCACCGCGGAGGAGAAGGCUGCGCUGGACAACGGCGGUUACGGCGUGUCUUCCUCGGACGGCGGGGGCCAGUACCCUUGUGCCAUGACGAUGGCUACUCCGACGCCAGUGUAUCGUGGCGGCGGCGGGGGCGGCGGCGGUGGUGCUGUGUUUGCGCCGCCGAGAGCCGGGGUGGGCGGGGCAGGGGGUGCCGCCGGAGGGCUCGGCUUUUUCGGGAGGGUGGAGGAUGGGAUCACGGCCUUCUUGGUGCUAGCGUUGAGCGUCUUGAGGCGAGUGUCCCCUCAGCCGAAGGACAUGAAAAUCGAGGUCAGGCCUGAGGACCGUGGGAGCAUCGAGGCCCCAGUCGGCGCGUGGAUAGAGUGCAAGUGCCGCGUGCCCCGGCGAGCGAGUAACGGGGACGCCCAAAACGCCAGCCAUGGUGUCGGCCGCGGCAAAGGCUCUACUCUCCUCCGGUCGGGCAAGGUCAUCGGUCGCGACAUGCGCCGUCAGGGAUACCUGGCGCGGUUCGAGGCUACACCAGGCGGCGGCGGCGGCGUCGGUGGUGUGAGCGAGGAGCUUAUCCCGUGGGAGGAUGUCGUCGCCAUAAAGGACCCUGGUGCAGCCAUCCCGAUCUUCAGCUACCUGUCGCUCAACUCCCUUCCUCAUUUGCAGCAGCUGCACUUGCACUCUCCUCACGGACUGCUCAAGCAGUCGUCCGCUGCUGCUGCUGCUGCUGCUACUGCUACUGCUGCUGGGGGAGCCGCGGAUAGCAGGGGUGGUGGGGGUGUUGCUAAGGCUGACGAGGGGGGAGGGGUGGUUUUCGAGGGACUGUACCAGGAGCCGAGCUUGGGUCACCUGGUGGGCCUGGUGCGGUACUUCGUGCACCAGAUGGAGACUGUCUCCAAGGAGGAGGACUCGGCUGUCGGAGCCGGCGACAUCGUCUCCAACGACGAGCGUAACGUCAGGAGGUGGCGCCUCGGCCAGCUAGGGUUCAUCACGGAGACCGCCCUGUGGAUGCUGGUGGUCAACGCCGUGGCUCACGAAGGAAGGGGCGGCCUUGAUGGGGUGGCGGCGGGGCUGGCCCAGGCGGAGAGGAGGUCGCUGCACGACGAGCUGUUGGAGCUCUUUGACACGAGGCUUGACGAGCACGCCUCUCUUUGGGAGAACCUGAGCCGCGGAGAGGGCGGGCGAGCCCCCGUUUCCAUCAGCCCCGCCUUCGUAGCACACGUCAAGGGCAUGAUCCAGGGCUGGCUAGACCAAGCCAGGGCUAGCAAGAAGGAGAGGGAUACCACCACGCCGAAGUCUCGGGCCGGGAAGUCUGGGUGGAGGGCGGCCGGUGGCCUUUGGAGCCCCCCCCGGGUCGGCGGGGCGGCGAUGAUGCGCCAGGCCAGCGACAUGAGCGUCUCGAGAACGCCUGCGAUCAACAGAUGGUAAUCUUCCGCCAACCUGACGGUAAUCAAAAUGCUCACGGUUUGGACGGACAACAAGCAACAGCUGGGGUGGGCUUAACAGCAGGCCAUGGCGUGCGUUUUCUCAACGAGCCGCCUGCCUUCUUGUUAUCAUUGUCGAGGGUAUUGUAGAGGGGGGGGCGAUUAUAAUCGAUGUUGCUGGCGUUUGUGGUAGAUUCAAAUUGUGUUUUGAGAGAUUUGUAGAGGCUGGGGACGUUUGCCUCGCGUCCGGGUUGGUCGAGGGAGCAAGGUGUGAGGCUACCUUCAAAGGAAGCACGGUGCAGCUAGUCUUAGCCAAUGCCCUCGUCCAACACCACGUGUCACGGCCUGGUUUGGCAUGACUGGAGAAGCGCAACACAGUGCUCUCGUAACGGUUUCAUUUCAGUAUUGUUUGGGAACGGGCUUAGGAAUAGCACGUUUCCAGUGGUGUGGCUAAUGGUAAAUGUCUCUUGGCCCACUGACCCAGGCGCCAUGGAUGUGAAAUCAAGUUCAGCUUUGUUUUUUUUUCGAACCGUCAUGAAGUCGGGUUGAAGCAAAUAGUAAUGUCUGGAGUUCCAUCGGAUCGGCACAUUUUUCCCGGCAAAAAAGUAUUUGUUUUUUUUCGGGUUUCGAGGACAGCUGUGAUUUUUGGAUUUGUCUCGACGCCAGUCGAGCCAGAGCGCUAUAUUUCGUGUAAGUGCACGCGAUUGUUUUUCGUGGCACUGCAGGCGGUGGAGUCUGGGUCGGCAUGCUGCCAUUUACACCACCUACAUCGUCGGUAGAGUUGUUGGUUCCGUGUCCCAGGGCCGAGCGAACCGAACGAACCUUGCCUGUGGUACUUCUUUUCUGGGAAUUUUCUGGCGGGUUCAUCUUGCCGCCUAUUGAAGCGUGCUCGGCGUGCGGAGGGACGAAAUGAUUUGAUUGGAUUUGCUACAAAUCUCGCGUGUAGACUAGGGGACACACCAGUAGGGUUAGGAGCGACGGCGGCAAGAUCAUAGAAAGCGUUUACAUGGUCCCGUCUGCUUUACCUCAACCUCGGAAGAGUUGGAAAAGGAGAGGGUUUUAGGAGCUUCGGUGCCGUGCACCAGUGUGGACCCGAAGUGCUGACAUCACCGCUGUCGUGUACGCAAGCGCCCAGCUCUACGAAAAAAAUCGCAAGAGGACUGACUUGUCACUUUUCAC